AUGGCAUCCGUAUCAACAAGAAGUCGAAAGAGRAAGAACGCUCCUGCGAAUACCGAUAUCGAUAAUAAUGAUAUGCUGAAUGUUAAUAAAAAUGAUCAAAAGAAGCCGAAGYAAUCAGAAGUUGUGUUUUCGUCAACAAUCGAGAUGCCAGCACUGUUAAGGGAUCGCAUCGCUGAACUUGGCGGCUACGACAUCCAAAYAGUGAUCCAAAAGCGAUUGCAGGACACUGACCUUAAUCGGAACCAUGGUCGAUUGUCAAUUCCGAUUAAGAAGCUCCUUAAUGAUUUUGCUACAGAGGAGGAGAAGAAGGUGUUGGAYCAACAAGACGAACAUCAAAAGAACAAAAGUGGAGUGAGCGCGCUGAUUCUUGAUCCUUGUUUGCGAGAGAGCGCCAUUCAUGUGAAGAAGUGGAAGAUCGGAAGCCGCGAAAUCUACUGCUUGGUGUCUCAAUGGAACGCUUUGGCGCAACAAAAUUCCUUGGAAAAAAYUAUUGUCUCUUCUGAUCAAGAAGUUGAAACUCGAGUUCGCUACGGAGGACGAGGCGAGGCGAGGCUGUUGAGCCAAGACGAUCAGAAGAAGAACAAGAAGGGAAUGAGUGUGAAUAUGUGA